GGACGCUGGCUGCCAGCAGUGCGUCCCGAGCGCGCGCAACGCGUGAACGUUUCCGAACGGCGACAAAAAGGCGCGAACGACGCGCCUUGAAAAUAAAAAAGUUUGACAAUCCGAAACGGACGCGUUCAGGAUUUGUGCGUGAAAAUGCUGUUUUAAGUUUUCAUGGAACUUAAACUCAGUGGAGUUUCGAGAUAAACGACUUUAGUUAGGUCUGAAAUGUGUUCAUGUGAGUGAGUGUCCCGUGUGUGAGUGAACUGUGACCGGACAAGGAGAUUUCAAUUGAUGAAACUUUUGGAUGAUCCGGAUUUCCUAAUGACUGAAACUGAAAGAUAAACGGUCGGCAUGGAGAGCCGCGUGGGGCUGGACUACAUCGUGGAGCACGCGGAGUACGCGGGCAAGCUGGCGGCCGCGCUCGCCUCGCCCGCGCAGCCCGUCAAGAAGCAGGUAUUCGAGCUUCUAUCUGCGCUGUGUGUCUACAAUGCUGAUGGCUACGCACGGGCUGUGGACACUCUCGACCGGUAUAAGGCCCUUUCAGGCUCCCGCUACCGCCUCAGCGUGGUGGUGGAGGAGCUGAAGUCCGCGUCCACCACGGACUACAAGACGGCACUGGUGGCCUUCAUCAACUGCCUCAUCAUCUCCGCGCCGCGCCUGCCCGAUAGGAUCCGCGUGCGGAAUGAGUUCAUCGGGCUCGGACUUCUACCCACGUUGAACAACUUAAGGCACGAAGCGCGCGGCCAUUCAGACCUGGGCGUGCAGCUGGACGUGUUCGAGGAGCAGCGCGAGAGCGACGAGGCGCACGGGCCCGGCGGCAUCAACCUCAACUCGCAUUUAGAUGUGUUCUAUGCGAUCUUGAAGCAGGUAGCAGACACGCCCCAAGAGAUCCCGUUCCUGAGCAUCUUACAGCACUUACUCCGGAUAGACCCGAAGGAGGCGAUGAGUGACGUCGUGUGGGACACGGCGGAGACGCUGCUGCACCGCGCCACGCUGCUGGAGACCAGGGAGGAUGCUGCUAAACUGCUGAGGGCACCUAGCGUUCAGGCCAAGGUGGGCUGCACGUGCCAGCACCGGGACGUCUCCACAGCUGGACGCAAGCAGAGCCUGCAACGCGCGCUGUCGCCGCCGCCGCCGCCGCCGCCUGCGCCUAUUGCGCCGCCACCGCCACCACCUCUCAUAGCCCCUCCCUCCCCCCCCGCGCCGCCGAUGCCGCCCUCACUCCCCUCACCGCCAUCACCGCCCGCCUGCCCCCCUCCCCCGCCGGCCGCCGCCGCGCCCCCGCCCGCGCCCGUCACCGUCAAACUGCCGCAGCAGGAAACACCCAUACCGAAAACCAAGAUGAAGACGAUCAACUGGAACAAGAUUCCUAAUAAUAAGGUGGUUGGCCAGAACAACAUCUGGUCGCUGGUGGCGUCCAGCCACAAACAUUCACCGAAAGCUGAGUUGGACUGGUCCGAGAUCGAAGGACUGUUUUGUCAACAGAUCCAGCCGACUGGCUCAGCCGGCUCGUCCCCCCGCCUCGGCCGGUCCCCGAUCUGCGACUCCUCGGGAGAGAGGAAGCCGAGGAAGGAGUCUUCAGAGAUCACCCUGUUAGAUGGGAAAAGGAGCCUCAAUGUGAACAUCUUCUUGAAGCAGUUUAGGAGUUCCAAUGAAGACAUCAUCCAAAUGAUUCGCGACGGAGCUCACGACGACAUCGGCACUGAAAAGCUGCGCGGCCUGCUGAAGAUUCUGCCUGAAAUCGACGAGUCUGAGAUGUUGAAGGCUUUCACUGGAGAUGUCACCAAACUUGGCAAUGCUGAGAAGUUUCUACUGCAGCUUAUACAGCUACCGAACUACAAGCUCCGCAUCGAGUGCAUGCUGCUGAAGGAGGAGUGGGCGUCCACGGCCGGCGGGCUCGAGAGCGCCAUCAACGCCAUCUUGGUCGCCGGAGAUGACCUGAUGAGCUCCCGGGCGCUGCAGGAGGUGCUAUACAUAGCGCUGGUCGCGGGCAACUUCCUGAACGCGGGCGGCUACGCAGGCGGCGCGGCGGGCGUCAAGCUCUCCUCGCUGCAGAAGCUGGCAGACAUCCGCGCCAACAAGCCCGCCAUGAACCUCAUGCACUAUGUCGCGUUGCAAGCAGAACGCAAGAACAAAGAGCUAGUCCACUUCGCGGACGACAUCAGAGUGUUAGAAGAAGCGGCUAAAGCCAGCGUGGAGCAACUUCACAACGAGAUCAAGACCCUGGACCAGAGGGUCGGCGUGCUGAAGAAGGAGAUCCAGUCGCCGAACACACAGGGAGAUAUCAAGGAGCAGAUGGGGGAUUUCUUACAGGUGGCAGAGAGGGAAGUGUCAGCUUUAUCUAAAGACAUGGAAGAGGUGGAAGUGACCAGGACGCAGCUGGCAGAGUUCUUCUGUGAAGACCCCGUCUCCUUCAAAUUAGAAGAGUGCUUCAAGAUCUUCGUGACAUUUUGCACGAAGUUCCGCGCGGCGGUGCACGACAACGAGCGUCGUCGCGCCAACGAGGAGCAGGCGGCGGCGCGGCGCCGGGCGCGGGACCAGGCCGCUAGCCGGGUCAAACCUGGAGGCAGCGUGUGCAGCACGCCGGUGUCGGAGUGCGAGUCGCUGAUGGAGUCGCUGCUGCUGGACAUCCGCAACGGGCUCGGCCGCCGCUCGCUGCGCCGCGCGCACGACGCCUCGCCCUCGCCUGACGUGACCCCGACCGGCAGCCUGCGGCGCCGCAGCCGCGCGAGCCCGGGCGAGGGCGACGAGGAGGGGCUACUGGAGUUCCUGCGACACUCGUCACCAGCCACUAAUGAUUUGAGGGAGCGCAGCGCUUGGGGGAGUUUGGACCGCUCGUGGUCGCGGCGCGCGCCGGUCCGCGCCCGCCUCGAGCUGCCGGAGCGAGAGCGCGCGCCCUCCCCCCGCGCCGCGCCCGCCCCCGCGCCGCCCACGCCCGACAGCGACAACGCUAAUAAACCCAAGGAAUGGCGGCAAAAGAUCGAGUCAUGGUUGAGAGCGAACAGUCAAGAAGAGAAGAGGGAAGCAGAACUGCGAGAGAGAGCGAGACGUCUGCAGGCUAACAGGCGGUCCUUGGAAAACGACUCCGAGAGCGAACGAAGUACGACUCUGGACACACUGCCAGAGAGCCGAGCUGAUUGGAGGCCUGCCGUGCUGCAGGAUAGUGAUGUUGUGCGAGCCAUCGAGACUGUUGAAGAUGUGCAACCACAAACUAAAGACCGCGUACCGUGGAGAAAGACGGAAGAAAACGAAGAGAUGAGAAGACUUCGUAGGCAAAGGUCACGACCACAGUUAGAAGCUCAACCACUAGUCUCCAUCACAGAAGAAGAUAAAAGAAAAAUGCCGGAUAUAAAAAUUACGAAUGAUAUUAUUAACAAAGAAAAACGGGCGGACAGGGUUGAAAUUGAUUCGGAUAAUAUAGAAACCCCCCCAGUUCAAAGGAAAAUGUUUAAUCCACCACCAGAAAGAGAACCGUGCAGGAAAUUCCAACCAAGUGUGGUUCCAAGUAGGUUUAACAGCCAAGACAAAGCUCAGGCAGAAAUGAGGGAUCUAUGUCAGGAAAUCUUAGGGGACGGACAGUUCGAUAGGUUUUCGGCAGCUAGAAGGACGAGACGGUACAAGAAGAGUGCCGAUUCUAGUUCUCAGGAUGAAGAAAAGAAGCCUGAAAUUCAGGAACUUGUGGCUGAAACUCAAGUACUCAGACCAUCCAAACUGGAAAUCCAGGCCUCAUACACAGUGGAAGCGCCCCAAUCUGUAGCGAAACCUUUAGAGAUUGUAGUCAAGGAUGAAAAGGAGAAUAGGCUCAAACGUUGGCAGGACAGACUCAAAAACCAAAGCGUAGAAUCUAAACCAACCACACCAACCAAAGAAACCAAAAGCGUUCCUUACUCAAGAAUGAGAAGGCAAACGUCAAUCAACCAGGAAGACGUACAGAAAGCUAUCAGAGAGCUGAAAUCACCCACAGAAACACCAACCGGAGUAUGGUCCAGGAGCGCUUACAGAAGAACAACACCUAACAGGGUAUCUUCAGUUGUAGACGGGGCUACAAAAGAAAGAACAACAUCUCCGAAAAUCCCUAAAAUUAAAAGCGAACAUGAGUUGAACGAUGAAGGUUUCGAGGAAACACAAAGUUUGAACUCAGAGAGCGCCUCCCAAGGUGCGUCUUCGGGAUGCAAUAUAGAAUGCGACUCGCCCACACCGAAACCUACCAAGACCCUUGAUAUUCCAAAGAAAAUUUCUGCCAAAGAGACCCGAACACCCCCAAGGACUCCCCUAGAUCCAAAACGAACGCCAUUAAAAAGGAAUAACGCUUUGAAAGUGGAACGUUCUCCAUCCAGAGCUUCGCUUAGGAGUUCCCGUAGCUCUUUAAAUAGCUCAGUGUCGGUCGCGACUGUCAAGAAAGCCCCGGUUCCUGUGAAACCUGUGCCUAAGCCAGCCCCUCCACGACCUGUGGUAUCCAGGAUGCCUGCAUCUAGGUCUUCUUCUAGUGGCAGCUCAGUGGGCACGUCUAGACCUCCCUUGAAAUCAUCUAGAACCUCCGGUUUCAUGAGACCUACGCAAGCGUCCAAAUUCAGAGGAAAUACAACCACCGGAGUGAAACCUGCAGUCAAACCAACUUAAAUUUAAGUGAGGUCUUUGCUGCAUGACGUGGAGUCUCAUUCUACAAGAGAUAGAAUUAUAAAAUGUGCCUUAUUAUUUGCAGGCUUUAAAGUAUCCAGUACUAGGUAGAUGAAUACAAUAUGUACAAUAUAGAUAUUGAAUAAAUUAUUGGAAUCUUCAGAUGUUUAAUAGGUGCUAGAAUCUCAACUUUAUUUGAAGGUUUCAAUGACUGAAAUCAUAGGUUUAAUUUUGUUAAUUACGAUAAUUAAAUUAUAACCAAGCUAACUUUUGCAUGUUAGUUAUUGUACCUUAAUUUUGGACCACUUAUAUGAAAAUUUAAACCCCAGUAUUGCUCACAUAGUAUAGCUUUGAGCUUAAAAUUAGAUCACAAAUUAUUUUUUUACAGAAAAGGUGCCACGUUAAUUUACGGGUAAAAUUAUUUAUAAACCCCAGUUAUAUUUAUUUUUAUAGGACAGACCCUGUGUUGAACCAGUCAUUACUUUUUUGUAAACCUAACUAAUACUAAUGUUUUAUAAUUACUUAGUUUAAGAUAUUAGACAAUAUAUUAAUGAAAGACAUCUCAAAAAGAUCUGAAUACGUAACAAGUUUAUAUUGGGCCGAUAUUGACAAACAAAAAGUUAUAUUUCGUCACAAAAUAAAUAUGUCUAUAUAUUUUUAUUCAGUAAAUUAAAUUAAAGUAAGAUUUUAACAAUUUUAUUGUAUUAGUUUACGUACUAAACAAAAUGCAAUAAAUUAUAUUGGAAUAAACCACUCUUUCACUCAACA